CUGUCUGUGCACACUUGUACACGAACACAACAAGAUGGCGAGAGUUUGUCUGCAAAUUCAGUAAAGAAAAUCGCAAUAAAACGUGCAAAAUAAUUGUUAAAACAUAGUUAAAAGUGUUAAGCGGCCGCAAUAGCAAGCCGAGCAAAUAGUGCUCGCAAUUUGUGUAUGCGGCAGCGUCUGCUAGCGACUUGCGAAAGUUGCUGCGCUGUCUGGCCUUGUUGUUGUUGCUGUUGUUGUAUGAGUGCCUAACUUGAAAGUUCGUCUGCCUUUUGUUCCUGUUCCUGCAACUGCGACAAAAUGAUGAGCAACUACGGCAACAUUAUGAUGGACUCACCACGCUCCUCGCCCCACGGCGGUCGAUCGCCAGUGGUGGCGCGACAGGACUCGUCGGGAACGCUGAAGACAACGAUAUCGUUAGGUAAAACACCAACAAUAAUACACACAGGACCAUUCUAUUCGAUGAAGGAGCCACCAGCGAAGGCUGAAUUGACAGGUGACAAGGAUCUCAUGACCGAAUAUGGACUGCAUCAUACGCUAACAAAAUUCAAGGAGAAAAAGUUCAAGGAAUCCUUGGCCUCUUUUCUGCCAAAUAUACCAGGCAUCAAUGACCUCAUCACGCAUCCCGUCGAGAACAGCACACUGCGCAGCGUAAUCGAGAAGCCGCCCAUUGGUGGUAAAGAGCUGCUGCCACUGACUGCCGUGCAGUUAGCCGGUUUUCGUUUGCAUCCUGGACCGCUGCCGGAACAGUAUCGCACCACAUAUGCAACACCUGCGCGUAAACACAAAAACAAGCACAAAAAGCACAAACACAAAGACGGCGUCACCACGGGCGGCACAGAGUCAACGCUGCUGGAUUCCGCUGGCUUGGAGACCUACGAGAAGAAGCACAAAAAGCAGAAACGUCACGAGGAUGACAAAGAGCGCAAGAAGCGUAAAAAGGAAAAGAAACGAAAAAAGAAAAAUCAAAGUCCUGAGCCUGGGUCAGCGUUGGGCAUGGGCAUGCCCGGCGGUGGCGGUGCCUUGGCUGGUGGCAUGGGAGCUGGACCAGUUAUGGGCGCCACAGCGGGCAUGUCGAAUAAUCCAAUGGGAUCAAGCGGCGUUAUUGGCGGCAUGAAUACGGGCAUGGGUCUUAAUAGUUUUCCGCCAUCGCUGCAAAUGCAACAACAGCAGCAGCCUCAACAACAGUUGUCAAUGCAGCAUCAACAGCAACAUCAGCAUCAACAACAAAUGCCCAGUGGAGCGUUAUUGGGCUCUGUGCUUGGCACAAGCGGCGGUGGACCGGGCGGCAACUCGAGUAGUGGCGGAGCGGGCGGUCCAGGCAGCUUAUUAGUGUCACAGUUUUAGGCGAAAUCCAUUAGUUAAUAGACUUGGCUCAUUACCUCUCUCACACAAACACACACAUCCAUAGCUCCUUUAAUAACAAAAGAAAAUCACAUGUGUCCAAAAUACAAACGCACGCUCUAAAUGCAAUUUCUUGAUAACAAAAAACAAAAAGAAAAAAAAACAAGUUUCAUGUUUAGGUUAUAAUUUAAAGUUAUGAUUGUAAAAAUAGUUUAAAUUGUAAUUAGCCAACUUUUCGUUCGUUUUGUAAUGCAUUGCUAGCUUAAUGAGAUUUAUUUAAUGCAAAUUAUGGUACAAAAUGCUAAAUUUUCGCUCUAGAUUCCACAAUUACCAACCCCCAACACUGCAAAAACCUAAUUAUAUACACCGCAUAUACAUUUACAAAUUUAUACAAAUCCUAGCAUGCACUUUACAAAAUGAUCAGUCAUCAAAAUGAAUAUUCUUAUUUUGCUUAAAACUUUAGUGCUAGCUACAGUAUUUUUCUUUGUUUGCAAUGGUUUGUUCUUCCAGCAUGUUUGUAUAAAAAAAACAA